AUGACCGCUACCACUUCUACUUCCACGUCUUCGCACCGAUUCGCAUCGGAGCCACGUCCACCAACGCUCACCAAACGUCGUGAUGAUCGUAUUCGAAACUUUAAUUCCUUCGAUGACAUCACUGAAUCCGAAGAAGAAGAUAUUCAGGAACCAACCAGCAGCAACAGUUCCACCACUUCUGAAAGAUCUCCGUAUGCAGUUUACGAGCAAGAGAAAUUGAGUUCAGCCAAGAUCAGAAGCUUCUCUCUUACCAACAAUCCAUUUUUGUCUCCAAAGGCAAUCAGACAAUUCUUCCCACCAACUCCUCGUCUUUCUCGAGGAUUCUCGGAUCCGGUUGUUCGUCGUAAAUCGUCUCUCCCGACAAUUCUCUCGUGCCACUCGCCGGACCAUUCUGAUGACUUCUUGGGUCUUCCACCAAUUCCAGAAGCUACAACUCCAGCUUCUCCAUCUACAAAUGCUCCAGCUAACAAUCCUUUCCAAAGAAAUGAUUCGUCAUAA